UGCUCAAUCGCGCCGGCACAGCCUGCGGCCUUGGUCCCGGCUGGGAGAGGGAGAGCGCGGCUUCUGGCCGGUGCGCGUGUGGUCUGGAAAGUCUUUCGGUAGAGGAGGCUGUCUUUGGGAAAAAGCGGCCAGCGCAGCCAUAAAUAGGCCGGCCGGCGCUUUGACUGGACUGCCGAAGUCCGAGGGCAAGCAGCCGGUAUGUGUCGAAGCGGCGGUCUGUAGAGCUGUAAUGAAUCUUUGGAGAUCCAAGUAGGAUGGCAGAAGAAAGCAGGCAUGCCAUGGUGAUGUUUGGCCAGGUGGUUAUUGGGCCACCUGGCUCGGGGAAGACCACGUACUGUGCAGGGAUGCAAGAGUUUCUUUCUAAGCUAGGUCGCAAAGUUGCAGUGGUAAACCUUGACCCCGCCAACGAUCUCAUUCCUUACCAGUGUUGUGUGGACAUUGCAGAACUGGUGAAACUCGACGAUGUUAUGGAUGGGCUUGGGUUGGGCCCCAAUGGAGGACUUAUUUACUGCAUGGAAUACUUGGAGGCAAACCUGGAUUGGCUACAGGGCAAGUUGGAACAGUUCAAGGACUGUUAUUUCCUGUUUGACUGUCCUGGUCAGGUGGAACUGUACACGCACAACUGUUCUGUGAAAAACAUCCUUGCACAAUUAACCAAAUGGAAUGUCAGGUUAACAGCUGUUCACUUGGUGGAUUCUCAUUACUGCACUGAUCCAGCAAAGUUCAUCUCCGUUCUCUGCACAUCCUUGUCCACAAUGCUGCACGUGGAGCUGCCUCAUGUUAACAUCCUCUCCAAAAUGGAUCUUAUCGAAAAGUUUGGGAAACUAGCAUUUAACCUGGAGUAUUACACUGAAGUAUUGGAUCUGUCUUACCUGCUGGAUCACUUGGUCAAAGACCCUUUUUUCAAAAACUUCCGACGAUUAAACAAGAAGCUUGUAGAAGUGAUUCAAGAUUACAGCCUGGUCUCCUUUAUCCCUCUUAAUGUGCAGGAUAAAGAAACAAUGAAGCAAGUAAUGAAAGCUGUUGAUAAAGCAAAUGGAUAUUGUUUUGGGAACUCUGAGCAAAGAACUUUGGAGGCUAUGAUGUCUGCAGCAGUGGGAGCAGAUUUCUAUUUCAACAAAUCCAUGGAUGCCCAGGAGAAAUACACAAGAUCCGUUGAAGAGAAUAUGGAGGAGGAGAUGAGGCAGUUUUCCACCCAAAUGCAAAAUUCCAGACAGUGUGAUUCCACUCACUGAAUGCAAUGGAGGCUACCCCUGUUGUGACGAGAGACUGGCCAAGAGGAUAUCUCACAGCAUGCUUGUUGCUUCCAGAUGUGGGAGGAGUUGUUGUUUUCAGCUUUAUUGCAAUUGGGCCUUGGGAUCACCUACUGAUCAUUUUUAACCAAGCAGACCAGGCAACAUGUUCUUUUUAAAAUUUUUUUGUUGUGAAUUUGAUCUUUUUAUUGUUUCCUGUUCUUCCACUGUAUUUAAUAAAGAUAUUUAGUU